AUGACAGAAGGAAAUAGCACUGAAGUGACUGAAUUCUUUCUUCUGGGAUUUGGUGCACAAUAUAAGUUUCAGUAUUUCCUCUUCACUGUAUUUCUGGUCAUCUAUGUGACUUCCAUGGUGGGUAAUAUUGGAAUGAUCCUACUCGUCAAGACAGAUUUCAGACUCAAAACACCGAUGUACUUCUUCCUACAACAUUUAGCUUUUGUUGAUAUCUGUUAUACCUCCACUAUCACUCCCAAGAUGCUGCAAAACUUCAUAGUAGGAAGCAAAUUAAUAUCAUUCAAGGGCUGUGUCAUGCAGUUAUUGAUUUAUGCAACAUUUGCAACCAGUGACUGCUACCUCCUUGCUACUAUGGCGGUGGACCGGUAUGUGGCCAUCUGUAAUCCGCUUCACUAUCCCAUAGUCAUGUCCCGAAGAGUCUGCAUCCCGUUGGUAGCUGGUUCAUACAUCAUGGGCUUCAUAAAUGCAUCUGUGCACACAGGUUUUACAUUUUCACUGGUCUUUUGCAAGGGUAAUACUAUCAAUCACUUUUUCUGCGAUGUCCCUCCAAUUCUUGCCCUUUCAUGCUCCAGCAUUGACAUCAACGUCAUGCUACUUGCUGUCUUUGUGGGAUUUAAUUUAAUAUUUACUGAGUUGGUUAUCAUCUUUUCCUAUGGAAAUGUCAUCACUACCAUCCUGAAGAUGUCUUCUACUACAGGGAGGAAAAAAGCCUUCUCCACCUGUGCCUCCCACCUGGCUGCAGUCACCAUUUUCUAUGGAACCCUCUCUUACAUGUACUUACAACCUCAUUCUAAUAAUUCCCAGGAGAAUAUGAAAGUGGCCUCCAUGUUUUAUGGCAUUGUGAUUCCCAUGUUGAACCCCCUGAUCUACAGUUUGAGAAAUAAGGAGGUUAAAGAAGCUCUAAAAGUCAUAUGGAAAAAAAUUCUUCUAGGUUGGACCAAAUUGUAA